AUGAUCACUCGUGAGCCCGAGUCUACUCUGACCUUCACUCCUCUGGCCAGGACCUUCGGUGCCGAAGUCCACGGCGUUGACUUCUCAAAGACUGUGUCGAAGGAGACGGCGGCCGAGAUCCGCGAGGCGUGCAACAAGUAUGGGGUGCUGGUAUUCCGCGGCGCCAAUCUCGACAAUGACCGGCAGAUUGAAUUCACCGCCAACUUCGGCGAGAUGUAUGACGUGAAAGCACACAUGAAGGCCGGUCGCCGGAUGCGAUUCCCAACCCAGCCCGAGAUCUUCGACGUGUCCAACCUGGACGAGAACGGCAACGUGCUCACGGAGCUGGAGCCGGCACGCGUCGGGGCGAACAAGGGCAACUGCCUGUGGCACGCCGACAUGGCCUACAAUCCCCGCCGUGCACACUACUCGCUCCUCCGCGCUGUCGAGCUGCCUCCCAAGGGCACCGGAGGCGCGACGCAGUACCUCGACUCCCGCACCGCGUACGAUGACCUCUCGGAAGAGAUGAAGCGCCGCAUCGAGCCACUGGUGUGCAACAACUCGCUCUACCACAACCGCAAACUGGCUGCCCCCGACACGUUUGCCGACUUCGAGCCGGCGGACAUGCCCAUGGCGCGGCACAAACUGGCCCAGGUGCAUGAAGAGUCGGGGCGAAUGAACCUGUACAUCACCACCUAUGCACAUCACUUCGAUGGGGAGACGAUUGAACAGAGCAGACCCCUGGUGAACGAGUUACUCGACCACGUCUCGCAGGACAAAUACCUGCUGACCGUGGAGUGGGAGAACAACGGCGACAUGGUCAUGUGGGACAACACGGCGGUGCUGCACCGUGCUACCCCCGGAGGAGCGUACACGACGAAAUAUAAGCGAGACAUGCGUCGAACGUCGACCAAAGACAGCAGCUCGUAUGGAUGGGGCGUGGAUCGCAAUGCCACCUGGGAGGCUGGUCUCCGGACAACAAAAGAAUGA